CAGUUUGCCGACGACAUGGCUGAUGGAUGAUUAUGGACAUCUGGUGUUUAGUGUUUACGCUAUGUUAAACACAUUAGAAGACGAACACAUAGGCAUCACUCGAUACAUUUGGCACCAGACAUAAGGCAGGAAGUGGCUUGUCCCGACAACAAAAUUCUAGCAUCAACGUUCAAUGCAACCGCGAAAGAGUGAUCUUCGAAUCUGCUCAGUCUCCCGCUACUGAUCGCUGCGUAUCUUACCACGUAAACAGAAAGAUACUACGAGGCCACGCAGUCCGUCUGCUCCUGAUAAAGUGACACGUACUACCGUUGUUGUCUGUGAGUCGUCAGUAAUUCCGUUGUGUUGCCGAAAUCAUGUUAAAAGCAGUGAUUUUAGUCGGAGGUCCCCAGAAAGGGACCCGAUUUCGUCCCCUGUCAUUCGACAUUCCAAAACCGUUGUUUCCUGUUGCCGGUCUACCGAUGUUACAACAUCUGAUCGAGGCUUGCUGUCGCGUACCGACAGUGCGUGAAAUACUGGUAAUCGGCUUUUACCCUGCGGAUGAGGGUGGUAUUUGCUCUUUCAUCUCAACAAUGUCACGGGAUUUUAAGAUACCGAUCAGGUACCUGCAAGAGUACACCGCCCUUGGUACAGCAGGUGGCAUUCACCACUUUCGAGAUCAAAUUCGCCGCGGUGAUCCUGACGCCUUCUUUCUAAUUAAUGGUGAUGUUUGCGGCAAUUUCCCCUUGCUUGAAAUGCUCGACUUUCAUAACUCAUUGCCAUCGGACAACAUGAUUACAAUGUUGGGAACCGAGGCUACUCGUCAACAGUCUCUGAACUACGGCUGUAUUGCUGAAAACAAAGCUACUCAUGAGGUCCUCCAUUAUGUUGAGAAGCCAUCAACUUUUGUGAGCAGCAUCAUCAACUGUGGUAUAUAUCUGUGCUCACCAGACAUUUUUCAGGCGACAGGAGCUAUCCUCAAGGAACGGGAGCCCACCAACCUGUUCAACUCUGCCAGUUCUAUAGAUUCAAUCAGUCUCGAGCAAGACAUUGUCGCCCUCUUAGCUGCACAAGGGGGUCGUAGGGUCCACGUCUACCUGACUGAUCUUUGGUGGAGCCAAAUGAAAACUGCUGGAUCCGCGAUCUAUGCAAACAGGCAUUACCUGGAACUCUACCACAAAGCACAUCCGGAACGACUCGCUCAAAAUGGAACAGGGAAGCCCGCUAUUAUAGGGGACGUCUUCAUUCACCCCACUGCCACGGUCGACAAAAGUGCGACUCUUGGGCCAAAUGUCAGCAUUGGACCGGGAGCCACGGUUGGUAGUGGAGUUCGCAUACGUGAAUCCAUCAUUUUGGGUAACGCAGUGGUCAAUGCCCACUCCCUCGUGCUGCACUCUAUUGUUGGCUGGAACAGCACAGUAGGCACUUGGACACGGGUUGAAGGGACACCGUGUGAUCCAAACCCAAACAGGCCAUUUGCAAAAAUGGAGAAUGUUCCGCUGUUCAAUACGGAUGGACGACUGAACCCUUCCAUUACCGUGCUUGGGUGCAACGUCACAGUACCGUCCGAGGUAGUGGUGCUCAAUUCGAUCGUCUUGCCCCACAAAGACUUGGGACAGAGCUACAAGAAUGAAAUCAUCCUUUGAAUGCUUCACGCUGGUGUUUACCAGGAUUGUGCUGGACAUUUUGUGUACACUCUGGGGCAUUUUGAAUAUUACAGUGUCAAGUCUGAAACCACUACUGAAGUAUAUGGAGAGUAUGGGGUUAAUGAAAUAAUAUGGGUGUGAUGAUGGGCAGAAAUAAAUUUACUAUUCUCAGUGGUA